GGGCGUUACAUUUAUGGCUAGCUGAAGUAGUGGGUUGCUCAUUGGUAGAGGUGGAGGGUUGGUUUGGUUUUGAGGGUUGGCUAGUAGAAGCAACAUGCUCAAGUAUCCGCUGGCGCUUGUUCUCCCCCUCAUGAGAAUCCGAAUCAUCAGGAUCCUCAUGUGAACGUUUAGUGCCACGGAGACUUUCACGGCAUGUGUUCUGUGUAUCUAGAGCAUGGAGAAGGGCUUUUUGAAGAGGAGUGAGGUUGGCUUCUUCCACGUCUAGUAUACGGUCGUAGAUCUCAGCUACAAGAUCCUCGAAGGGUACGGUGGUUAGGUUAGGUUUGGUCGUUGUAGGGGAGAAUACUAGUUCUGUAUCCUGGGUUCCCCUUGAUGUGGAUGGUUGUUGGCUUUCUAUGGCUAUAAAUAUUAUUGUUACUAGUAUAAUAAAAGAUAAUAACAAUAAUAAUGAUGACAAUAAUAAUAAUCUUUAUCCUUCCUUCCAUGCAUUCUCUCCAUGUAUUGCUGGUUUGAAGGGGUAGUGGCCAGUGGGUGAUCAGCUGUUUUUUUAUAUUGUCUUUUAUUUCAUGUGAAAAGGCUGUUGCAGAAGAUCCUGAAGAUGCCAUUCAUUGGCACCAACUUGGCCUUCAUUUUCUCUGUACCCAGCAGUUUAAAAUGUCACAGAAGUACCUCAAGACUGCAGCUGCAUGCCUUAGGAGCUGCUAUGCCUGGUCAAAUCUUGGUAUCUCAUUGCAACUAUCAGCUGAGCCUUCAUGUGCUGAAGAUGUAUAUAAACAAGCUUUGUUAGUGGCUACCCCUCAACAAGCUCAUACAAUAUUUUCCAACCUGGGUAAUCUCUAUCGUCAGCUAAGAGAUUUUGAGUCUGCCAAGGCAAUGAUAACAAAGUCUCUUGAACUGCAACCCGGUUAUGCACCUGCAUAUAACAACUUAGGUCUUGUUUUUGUUGCUGAGGGCAAGUGGGAUGAUGCAAAGUUCUGCUUCGACCAGGCAAUCCUGCAUGAUCCACUACUGGAUUCAGCCAAGUCCAACAUGAUUAAAGCCAUGAACAUGCAGAGGAUGUACACCAGCAUGUCCUCGUAUCUAUGAUUUGUAAAUUGUGUUAGACUUGAAAAAUGAUAUUUGCCAUGUUGUA